AUGUCGUCACUCUCGCGUGAGUGGCGAGUUCCGGUCACCGGGACUGCCGGCUUGAUUCGUGGAACGGCCGCCGCCACCGUAGGCCGGACAAGAGGAGAAAAGACGAUGAAGCUGGAUUUCACGGGCAAGAAGGCGAUCGUUUGCGGCGGCAGCCGGGGCAUCGGCAGGGCCAUUGCGAUGGGCUUCGCGGCCUGUGGCGGCGACGUGUCGAUCUGCGCGCGCGACGCCAAGACACUCGAGGAGACUCCGCGCCGAGCUUGCCAAGGCAUGGCCACAAGACGCCAUGCCGCCAGCGCCGACCUCGCCAAGGGCGAUGCGGUGCGCGGCUAUGUGCGCGAGGCGAUCGGCGCGCUGGGCGGCGUCGACUUCCUGGUCAACAACGCCUCGGCCUUCGGCUCGUCCGACGACGACAAGGGUUGGACCGACAAUCUCGCGGUCGACAUGCUCUCGAUCGUGCAUGCCACGCAGGAGGCGCUGCCGGAGCUUAAGAAGUCGCAAGGCAACGUCGUCAACAUCUCGUCGAUCUCCGCGCAUCAUCCGGCGGCGCGGCAGCCGCCCUACGGCGCCAUCAAGGCGGCGGUGAUUCACUACACGGUCACGCAGGCGGCGAUGUACGCCAAGGACCGCAUCCGCGUGAAUUGCAUCGCCCCCGGCUCGAUCGAGUUUCCGGGUGGCGUCUGGGACAAGCGCAAGACCGACAAUCCCGCGCUCUACAACGGCACGCUGGCCUCGAUCCCGUUCGGACGCAUGGGACACGCCGAGGAGGUCGCGAACGUGGCCCUGUUCCUCGCUUCGCCGUUUGCCUCCUGGGUGACCGGGCAGACCAUCGCGGUGGCCGGCGGGCAGGGGCUGUAA